AUCAAGAAACCUCAAAACCUAAACUUCUAGCAAAACUUAGCUAAAAAUUUUACACAAAUCCCCAAAAAAAUCCAUUUUCUCUAGACAUGCAUUAAUUUCAUGCAACCAAGUAAAGAAAAUAUAUAUUUCUUGCGACACAUAGCAAACAACAAACUUUAUUAUUAUUAUUAGCUAGCUAGGGUUUUCCUCUUUUUGGAAAACCUAUUUAGGGUUUUCAUCAAUUUUUUUCAACACUUUUUCAAAUUUGAGUUUUAGGGUUUCCUUUUGGAAACACAAAAAUAUAUUAUCUAAGUUACUUAAGAAGGAUUUGAGGAAAAAAAUGGAAGAAGUGAAAGAAGAAACUCAACUACCACCAGGAUUUAGAUUUCAUCCAACAGAUGAAGAGCUUAUAACAUAUUAUCUAGUGAACAAAAUAAAUGAUGUUAAUUUUACUGGAAGAGCUAUUGCUGAUGUUGAUCUAAACAAAUCUGAGCCAUGGGAUCUUCCAGGAAUGGCAAAAAUGGGAGGAAAAGAAUGGUAUUUUUUCAGUCUUCGUGAUAGAAAAUACCCAACAGGAGUAAGAACAAAUAGAGCAACAAAUAGUGGAUAUUGGAAAACUACUGGAAAAGACAAAGAGGUUUUCAAUAGCAAAAAUAAUACAGAAUUGGUUGGGAUGAAAAAGACAUUGGUUUUCUAUAAAGGAAGAGCACCUAGAGGUCAAAAAUCAAAUUGGGUCAUGCAUGAAUAUAGAAUUCGAUCCAAAUCUCCUUAUAAAACAAACAAGCAAGAUGAAUGGGUGGUUUGUAGAAUUUUCCAAAAGAGUGUAGGGUUGAAAAAGUACCCUACCAACCAAUUUUCAAGGGCAACAACACUAAAUCCCAACUCUAUCAACAACACUCAGAAUGCAUCAAUAAUGCCAUCACAAAUGAUGCAAGUACCUCAUGAUCAUCAAGGGUUCCAAUUUGCAAUGGGAAGAACUAAUCAUAAUUACAUGAAUAACCAUGGUCAUGAAAUUCAAGAUCUCAAUAAUAGGGUUAUUUUUCAAAGUGGUUCAUCAAAUUUGAUCAACAACUUCCCAAUACAACCUCAAAUGAGUUACAAUAUUGGAGGUGGUAGUACUAGUAAUGGCGGCGGCGGAGGAGGAGAUAAUAAUAAUAAUUACUUCAGCAUUUCAGGCAUAAACUUGAAUCUUGGUGGUGGAGUCGUUGCCUCAUCUCAACCAAUUUUAAGGUCAAUUCCCGGGCCAGCACCACUUGUACCACCACAAGUUAUGAGUCAACAAGAAGUGGCUUCUUCUAUGAUGACUAAUUGUGCUAUUACAAGUUAUGGAGGUGAAAUGAAUAAUGCAAAUACUAUGAAUAGUGAUGUCAUGGCUAUGGACCAUUGUGCUGAAUUAGACAACUAUUGGACUACUUAUUGAUCAAGAAGGAGAUGGUUUACACAAAUAGCCAGUGUUAGAUUAUGUUAGUUUGGUACUAAUGUUAUAUUUCUUCUACCUAGGAAACAAAUUAAGUUGUAAUGUUUAUUGAGGAGUGUUGAUUAGUACUUUGUGGCAAAGCCACUAGAGUUUGAAUGAAUGACUUUGUAGCUUUA